GCGCGGGCGCGGAGCCGCGGGGCGGGUGCAAGGCGGGGGCGGGGCCUCUGCGCCCGGGCCGCCUCCUCGGCCUAUAACUGAGCCCCCGGGCUCCUCGCUCCCACACGGCCCCCACCGGACCCGUGAAGCGGCUUCGCCCCUUGCUUUGGACCUCGGGCCUCACUCCUCCUCCAGAUGGACCCCAAGUGCUCCUGCCCCACUGGCGGCUCCUGCGGCUGCGCUGGCUCCUGCACCCGCAAAGCCUGCAGAUGCGCCUCCUGCAAGAAGAGCUGCUGCUCCUGCUGCCCCGUGGGCUGCGCCAAGUGUGCCCAGGGCUGCGUCUGCAAAGGGGCCUCGGACAAGUGCAGCUGCUGUGCCUGAUGUCGCGGAGAGCCUGCCCCGGGUGUCAACAGAGCAACCAGGACAAACCUGCAUUUUACCGUUUUUCAUACAACCGGACCUGACGCUACAUUCCUUUUUCUAUGAAAUCUGUGACUUGUAAUAAAAGCUGUUGACUUUA